UCUUGCAUGGUCACAUCUGGUUUUAAUCCGGAACUGCACGCAGUCAAUGUACCGCUGCUCGGACAAGAUGUGAGAAGUAUGAUGGGGAGCUUACUUGGUUCGGUAGAUCAAAAGCCGCCUUAGCUACGGAUUGCUUAUUUCGGAGAUCGUCAUUACUCAUCUUAAUCUACGGAAUGUGGAAAACAUCGUUUCUUAAUAUUUUUUUAUUAAUUUAGAAAUACAGCACUUUCUAAACUCUAUUCAGUGAUAUUAUUGCAUUAAAUUAUUGUUGUUAUUACUUAGAUUAUUAAACCUAGCCAAUUACCAUACCAUUAAACAAUUGGUUUGCCAUUAAUAACAUACUAAUUAACUGGAAAGAUAUUUGAUUGAAAUGGAGUUUUUUUGCUAUAUAAAAGAUAUUGCAUUGAAUUUUUCAGUAUUGAAAUUAAAAUGAAAAUGGACUUUUAAUAAUGAUGUGAAUUGAUUAAGCUAUUAAUGGAUGUAUAUUUCUACCCAGCCAAAACCUCGAGAAAAAAUUCAGCUUGCUUUUACACUGAAAUGUAGACCAAUUUAGUGCCAUUAAUGCGUGAAAGGUAAAGUAAAAGACUCUAGGAUUCUUAAAUUACCUAUUACAUCACGAGCUUAUGAGAAAUGUCUUCAAGAAGAAAAAAAGUAUUAUGAACUUCCUCCUUUCAAUUACAGAAAUUUAAUGUUUUCCUCAAACAUUCUUUUUGUUAAUAAAUAUAAUAGAAUAAAAGAUUCUAUAAACGUCUGGAAGAGAAGAUACCGGUACUGUGAUUUUUUCUGUUACAUUUUUUGAAAGAAGAUGGCUAUGAGAUCUUGUAGCGGAUUUUCAGAUCUGAGGUCCGGAAGCAUUGUUAUUUGCCACUAUGCCAUGGGGUUGUCUUUUGUCGCCCUCAUUAUACUCGGAAGCCGCUUGCAUCAGGUGGACAAAGAGGCCAGUUUCCUUCAAGUCAUCCUCAACACAUGGUUCCGGGAAAGUGUGCCACACCCCAUGGUCGCAGCCAUCUCAAACGCAAUGCCUACCAGAGGCUCGGGAGCUACCGCUGCAGGGCAGAGGCAAAAACCUCCUAUGCUCACAGAACAAGCACAGAGGACGCUCCUCGCUUUUAGGGAAGAUGUCCGGUAUUUCUAUCGGGAAUUGGACGCAGCCCGGAUGACACUGAUCCUCAGCAUAGUUUUCGUAGGCAUUUUUAUUCUCAGUUGGUGGUGGAUGGCAUUUGCUAUCAAACAAGCCAGGGCAGACGGAGGCGUGUCUCUACGGACGGUUCUUCUUUUAGCAGUAUUUGCCGCAGUGGAUGUUGCAGCAAGUACGGGUUUCAUACUUCUUCGCAUAAUCAUGUACAUUCGUAAAGAUCAUGUUUUUCCUCAAGAAAUGAGAAAACCCAUACCUUCAUUGGAAUUCGAUCAACUUGCUGCUUAUGCAGCGUUAAGGUUAUUUACUAUUCAGUCUAGUUGUGGAAGCAUUGAUAUUCUGGUCAUUAUAGUAGUUGGCUUCUUAACAGGGCUAAGGGUGUAUAGUGUAGUUUGUGUAUUUUCAUAUUAUAAAAAAGCCAAAAAUGGAAGUCUCGAUCUCUAUGAGCAUAAGCAAGUGACAGGAGAAUCAGAGACUUCGUCAAGAAUAGAGAGACUUAAAAUUCUUGACGACUAUGGACCAAAAUCUAUUAUGGGAAAAUAUGCCACGCCUAAAAGACCUGCAGCACCAUUUCGCGGAGACAGAGUGGGUUCAAUCACAGCAUCUACUUCAUAUGACGAAGAACCCGCAGAGCUGAAGAUCCAAGCUGCGGACAUGCCAUUAGAGAUGCAACGUUCCGCCGUAUUUAGCGCUACUCAAGCCCUAAAAGUUUACAGCACCGAAAAACACAUAGCUGAAAGCAUCAAGCAAGACUUCGAUCAAAUGUAUCACCCGACAUGGCACUGCAUUGUGGGAAGGAACUGGGGUAGCUGUGUGACGCAUUCUAAACAGUGCUAUGUCAGAAUGGCUUACAAAGAUUUGACCAUCCUGCUUUACAGGUCCACGUGAUAAUAAACUUCGCUUAGAAAAUUAGUUUGCAAUUACUGAAAAAUAAAGCUGAAGAGUUUUAAGAUUUCUACAGUACAACAAAAUGAACCGAUCUCACUCAGUUGCCUUUGUGAAGAGCAAAUGCUAAAGAAAUAUUAGCAUUUAAUUACUUAGUCACUGUUUAACAGAAAACAAUUAUUUUCGAAGUUUGCCUACGGGUGAUUACAGCCAGUUUUAUUAUUUUUAGACAAGAGUUUUAUUUCAUCCUGAAGAUCGAAUUUUAGUUCGUAGUUGUUAGCGUGUCAUAUUUAAGUUAUAUGCUCCAUUCCGAAAGUUAAAACAAGAAGAAGAAAAUAAGUAUCAUAAAUCGGAAAUAUCUUGUAUUUAUUUGACUCAGAAUAUGUACCAUAGAAAAAAAUCAAUAUUAUGUGAAUGUUUCUUGACCAUAUAUUUAUGUGUGAUGUACAGUACAUAAAAUCUUUUUUCAAGCAUUCCUGCCAAGAAUAAUUGUUAAAAAUACAAAUCACGAAGUAAAUUUUUAAAAUCGUAAUUUAUGCGCAUCUUAUGCUUCAGUUCAGGACGAUUUAAUUUGCUUUCGGAUUGUGUGUCAUUGAUUAAAUGUCACUGCAAAUGGCAACAUAACUUAUGAACUGGUCAUUAUUUAUUGUAAACUGAAUUCUUUUACUAGUAAGACACAAAACAAGAUCAAAUUGCCUAAAUUCCUGUAUUUUUUUAAUAUUAUCACAUCAAAAAGUUUCAAAGAAGUUGUCUUUAAUCUCAGUUAGGUUUCACGCGGUUAUAAAUUCUUUCGAUGUUUAGGAUACGUGAUGUGCAUAUAUAUAUAUAUAUAUAUAUAAGCGCAUAUAAAUAAUCGAAUAUUUUGCUAUAGUUAAUUAAGCAAUCAAUGUAACAAUUAUCUAACUAUCUAUUCAUCUAUUUAUCUCUAUCACUCUAUCUAUGCAUCUAUCAAUUUAUCUGCUUUUCUCUCUCUUUCUCUCUAUCUAUCUUGGUAUCUGUCUUAUAUCUCUAUCUCUAUCUAUGUAUCCUUUCGCCCUCUCUUUCUCUUUCUAUCUGUAUAUAUAUAUAUAUAUAUAUAUAUAUAUGUGCUAGAUUCAUAUCGAUUUGAUUCUGUGAGUUAAUGUAUCUCUCGACUUAAAACAGUUUUAAUUAGCUUUAUUUAUUAUUAAUUUAUUUAAAUUUAAGUUAGUUCUGGAUUAUGAAAUGGCUUAAGCAAAUGUAAGUUUUGAUCAACAAAGUUAUUGUUUUAAUUAUUUAUGCUAUUGUAUUAAAAUUGUUCUUUUUUAAUAUAUUUUAAUACUUAUAUGUUAUUAUAUUUUGAUAUUUAAAUGCAUUGGUUUACUAUAUACAGACGAUAUGAGAUAUUUAGAAAAUUCGUAAUUUGAUAUUGUCAGAUAAAGACAGAAUUUACUGCGUAUGAAAAGGUCUGGGAAGAAUUUUAGAGGGAAAGUUAGUUGCGACAAAAUUCUUCCCAAAGUUCCAUUCUACCAUUUGUUUUUAAAUCUUCUGGAACCAUUAUGCACAAUACUGUCACUCAUGCAUUUUUUUCAUAUAAAUAUCAUUCAACUUGCAAUGAAUUUCAAAUGCAACUUGAAGAAAUUUAAUAAAAUGGAGAUCUCGUGCGUGACAAGAUUAUGGAUUCUGUUGCAUAACUUCAGAUAUAUGCAGGAUAGACAGAAAUGACAAAAUGAAGAACCGCUAUGAUAAAUGAUAUCGCAUAGUCUAAAACUAACUUUUCUAUGUUGCCAUUUUUAAAGUCGAACUUUUUAAAGUAUAAAUAAAAAUAAUUUAAUUUAUCUAAGCGAUUAAAUAGGUUUGCCUGAAUUUAAACUGCUAUUAAAAUAAACAAUGCUGGCAGCUUCUUAAUAACAAUUGGAAUUAUGUUUAAUUCAAUUUUACAUGUUAAUUUCUAUACUUUAACUGCUUCUUCUACCUAUUAAUCUAAUAUUUCUAUUAUGAUAGUAUUAUAUUCUAUUUUAUACUAUUAUAUCAGCAAAUACGAUGUACAGAUGGACAUCAGCUGGGAACCACCAUGAUAUAAAAUGACCUAAAAUACGAUUUACCUCGAAGAGUAUGCCAAAUUAUUCUCCAAAUAUUCAACACGAAAAAAUAAUCUAAUAUCUACUACAGCCAUUUAAAAAUUCAGUUUUAUAAUUGUUCGUGGUAUAUCUAUGCAUUUUCUAUUUUGUAUUUUGAAACCUAGAAUCAUAAUGUAUUAGUGAAUUUUAA